UCAGGGCGGGGCAAAAUAAAGAGGAUGGUGAAGAUGAAGUUGAUGAAGCUUGGUCAGCGUUUUGCGAGGACUUUUCUGAUUUAUGUCAAUUGCUUUUCGAUUUUGCGCCAUUUCUCAUGGAAUUACAAGAAACCGGAAUGAUUUCGAAUGAACCUCAGGAGGAUGACACAACAAAACCCGUAACGAGUGGAGAACAGUGUGAUCUUCCUCAUAAACAUCUCAGACGAAUGAUCAUGGACAAGUUCCCAGAAGGCGAUCCGCAACUGAUUGAGAGAAUCGCGACCGAAUGUUGGACUUUGUAUUGCGGACUCAAGGAAGGCUACGCAGAAAGUGAGAAACAAGCGCGAAAGGAUGCUCAUAGCGACAGGGACUCAGGUAACGGUUCGAAAUUACAAAGCAAAGCCGUCCGAAUAGCCCUUUCAAUUUUGAAAGACUUCGAAAAUAGCAAUGUGGAGAAGAACAUAUGUUUCGAUGAGCAUUUCCCCCAUUCUUACAGUUUCCCGGGAGCUCCCAGUCCUCCUGUUCCAUUAAAGAUUGGACCUUUGUUUCUUUGCACCAUCUGUUCGAAAUUGGUGCCGGUUUUCUCAGAUGUUGAUAUAUGGCGAAGACAUAUUUUUGAUCAUAUUAGUCCCUACAUCUGCACCUUUCAAGAUUGCCCAGAGAGGCAGCAUCGGUUCAGCUCCUUAUCAUCCUGGACUGACCACGAGUUUAACUGCCAUCGGAAACCAUCCAAAUGGCAAUGUAUAUUCUGUUUGCCCUGUUCAGAGCAGUCAUACAUAUAUUUUGGCCUAAGAAAUUUCGAGGCACAUCUUGAUCUUGUCCAUAGGGAAUGUUACUCGGCCGAGGACAAAUUUUCCAUAAUGGAAAAAUGUAAGAGGAGCCCUGUCAAGAAUACUGCCAAGAAAGCAACAUGUCCAUUCUGCGCAACCGAACUUCAAAACAAAAGAAGGAUGAUCGCAGGACACGUGGGCAGGCAUCUAGAAGAUAUUGCACUUCCAAUUGCGAGCAUUUUUCUCGCGGCAGAGGAAUCGGAUCGUGAAUUUAUCGACUCAAAUAGUGCUGGGGUCUCUGAUAAUUUACUGUCCAAUCCUGAACAUAAUCUGCCAAAGUGCAAUGAAACCGGCUCCUGCCUGUGGGGGCUUUCAAAAGCAGAUUGGAAACAUGUAAUUGGGGGUCGGUCGACAGAGAACGAACUUCAUAAGCAUAUGAAUCCACAACAUGAUGCAGAUCCGCUAUUCCCCGACUUCCCAUUCUCGUGCUUUGAACACGAGUCAAAUCAAGAGAGUAGUUACGAUCAGCACAUGAAGUGGAAAUACGAUUUGGAUUCUGUGCUAGGAAUGAACUAUGAUAAUCAACCUCAUCACUACGCAAAAUCUAGAGACUCAGUGGCUCCUUGCAGUUCGACUCCUGACAGAGAACCAGAAGAUGGUGGUCCAGAAUUUCCGGCGCUUCUCCGUUUGAUGCGGUCGAAAAUACAUCAUUAUGCUGGCGAAAGGCCCUCUGAAAACAUUUUCGAUGAGAAGGUCCAGGAAUUGGAGAGUCCUGCAUCCAAAAUAAUACAAGAGCAACAACUUCGAGAAGAACUUCAGAAAAUCUUUUUUCGUCGGGCGGGAUUUUUAUUGUCUAAAAACCCGGGACCUUUUACGCCAGAGCACAACAACAAUUCAAGUUUGGUUGAUGAGCCGAGAGUGUCAAGCGAAACUGUCACAAGAGACAUUAGUUUCUGCCAUAUUUGCGAAGAAGUAAAUCUUACUCUCCCAAUUAUAUACUGUAAGAUUGGAAAGUGCAGGAAGCGCUGGCACCGCAAGUGUCAAACUGCUCGAGAUGUUAUAUAUCAAGAAUGUAAGUGCUUGACACCUAUCUCAUAUUUAAUAAUCAGCCUUUUUUAGCUAACGUUUUCUAAAAAUUUGAAACUAAUGGUUUCCAGACGAUGGAUAUUGUGAUUCAUGUUUUGAAGAGGAACUCUUGAGUCUCGUAAGCGAAGAUGAAGAUGAAGAUGAAGAUGACAGUGAAGGCGAGGAGGAUGAUGACGAAUAGAUGAAUACUCUCACGGAGAUGGACGUGGUAAUGACAAGAAAACGACCAUCCGCUACAUGACCAACACUACAACAUGGAUUUUCUGAUAGUCAUGAAAUGAAACUCUACAUCCU